AUGGCUGUUACAAGUGCACGGAGCAUUGUGAAUAUGAAGGAGAAGGGCCACUUCGAGCAUGACAAUGCGAGGAUUGAUAAAUACACGUUGGCCGACGAGCUGCCGGCCAAGCUUUCGGAGAUGGAGCUCCGGCCCCGGGUGAUGACAAAGCCUGGUUAUACACUCUGCAGACUCAGCCCGGAUGACAAAGAUGCUGUCAUCGACUUCCUCAGAAGAUUCUUCUUCCGCGACGAGCCACUGAAUCAGACCAUCAACCUGUUGGAGACACCGGAGUCGAGGUGUUUCGAGUUGGAGGACUACGCAGCGAGCACUCUCCGCGACGGCGUCUCUGUGGCGGCGGUCGAUGACAACGCUCAAUUUGUGGGCGUCGUCAUCAACGGAUUGGUUAGGCGGGAUGAGGUCGACUACACGGACAAGUCCGAGGAGUGUCCCCAUCCGAAGUUCAAGCGCAUCCUAAAGCUGCUCGGGCACUUGGACCGCGAGGCCAGGAUCUGGGACAAGCUGCCGAUGGAGUGCCACAAGGUGAUGGAGGUCAGGAUAGCGUCCACGCACUCGGACUGGCGGGGCCGAGGGCUGAUGAGGGUCCUCUGCGAGGAGUCAGAACGGAUAGCUAGAGAAGUGGGUGCUGGCGCUAUGCGGAUGGACACGACAUCGGCCUUCUCAGCGGCCGCAGCUGAGCGUCUGAAGUAUAAGUGCGUGUACGGAAUCUACUACGAGGAGCUACCAUACGCACCGCACCCGCCUUCACCGCAUGUCGAAGCCAGGGUGUACAUCAAAGAGCUC